GGGGAUGUGGUAUUACAUAGAAUCAAGUCGAGUCGAGUGCAGGCUUUAGUUGGAGCGGCGCUGUGGUUAGUACAAGCCUUACGCGUCACUCCAGUGUGGGGAGUCCUGCUCACAACCCGCUGGUGCGGCAGAACCACAGAACGAGAGUGAGAGUGAGAGACAGACAGAUAGAGAGAGAGAGAGAGAGAGAGAGAGAGAGAGAGAGAGAGAGAGAGAGAGAGAGAGCGGACGGACAGUUCAACUGAUGCCCUCGCUCCCCGCACAGGGACAGCGCCGCAAGCACCAAUUGCCAUGCCUGACAACUUUCCGACAUCAUCAGUGUUGGGACCCAGGAUGUAUCCGUCCGGAUACAUGUUCCAGCAGUGAGCGAACCCCGCGCACCGAGCCCACGCUGAGAGGGCUGAAAGUAAAUUUAGCGACAGGCGUUGACAGAAAAUGAAAUUUGGAAGCGGUUCUUUGAUCCUGAAUGUCGGGGGGACAAGGUAUUCGUUCCCAAAGGAUGUGAUCAAGGACUUUCCCCUCAGAAGGGUGAGCAGACUUCACAGCUGCGCCUCGGAGAAAGAGGUACUGGAGGUGUGCGAUGACUACGAUCACGAAAGGAACGAGUAUUUUUUUGACAGGCACUCCGAGGCUUUUGUGUUCAUCAUGCUCUACGUCAAGUACGGGAAGCUCCGCUUUGUCCCUCACAUGUGCGAGUUGUCCUUUUACAACGAGUUGAUUUACUGGGGUCUGGACCGAUCGCACCUCGAGUACUGCUGCCAAAGGCGACUGGACGACAGGAUGUCCGACACCUAUACCUUCUACUCCGAGGAAGAGGAAGAGUUGAAUAAGCAGAAGAAGAAGGAGUUAAAACACAGCUCCCAGAUUGAUAGGAAGUGGCUGGACAGGAUGAGGCGGACCUUUGAAGAGCCCACCUCGUCUGUAGCGGCCCAGAUUCUGGCCACCGUGUCGGUACUAUUUGUAAUUGUUUCCAUGGUGGUGUUGUGCGCUAGCACUCUGCCAGAUUGGAAAACAGCCGAAAACAACAGUGUGGAAGAACACAGGUACACAGAAAAUUUAAUGGGAUCAUCAGGGAUAAUCGAAGCGAUCUGCAUGGGUUGGUUCACCGCCGAAUGCAUUGUGAGGUUCCUCGUCUCUAAAAACAAGUGCGAUUUCAUGAGAAAGCCUUUGAACAUCAUCGAUCUGAUGGCUAUCACCCCGUACUACGUCUCCGUUCUCAUGUCGUUCUUCACCGGGGAAAACUCUCAGUUGCAGCGGGCUGGAGUUACGCUUAGGGUCUUGAGGAUGAUGAGGAUAUUCUGGUUGAUCAAACUUGCUCGGCACUUUAUCGGUUUGCAGACACUGGGCCUGACCCUGAAACGCUGCUACCGUGAGAUGGUCAUGCUCCUGGUCUUUAUCUGCGUCGCCAUGGCCAUAUUCGGUGCUCUUGCCCAGUUGUUGGAGAGCGGACUUGACCUGGAGAAUAAAAACGAAGCGUACGCCAGCAUCCCCGCUUCGUGCUGGUGGGUGAUAAUCUCCAUGACUACUGUGGGAUACGGGGACAUGUACCCGUUUACCGUCCCCGGCAGGAUCCUAGGAGGAAUGUGUGUUGUCAGCGGCAUUGUCCUCUUAGCACUGCCAAUCACUUUCAUCUACCACAGCUUCGUGCACUGUUAUCAGGAGCUCAAAUUCAGAUCGGCUCGCUGCGGUAGGAGCUUCUCCAUGGAAUAUCUAAUCUGAUGGAGGGAGAUGAAGUAAGUGAAAAGAGACUCGGACCGGCACGGAUCAUUUGGGCAGAAUGGCCUGCUUCUGCGCUGUUUACUCUUUUAACCCAUUGAGAGUCCAGAGGUUGGGCCAGAACAGACCACCCAGGCUGAAGGAGAUCCAUGGCUGACUCGCCGUUGGCUGACUCGCAGAACUGCAUUGGGAUCAAAAAUUCUUUGUUAAACCCACAUCAAUCCUGGAAGUGUGACAACAUUGGUCAACCCAGAAAAUUCUCGUCAUUCAGAUGUUGAACAUAGUUGAGACCCUCUAAAGAUCUGAGGGAUUGCUAUUCAUCUCGAUUCUUUACACUGGUUCAAAGGCAAUUUAACAACCUGCUGGGCAAGGGGUGGGAAGAGAGAAUGCUUAAGGAGAUGUCCCCACCCUCCACCCCUCAAGGAGCAUUUUCAGCAGGCACUUUUCAAUCAAGCCAAUGGACCAAUAAAAACAAUUUAACUUUGAGCUACCGUCCGAACAUUUACAGUUUGGCCUUUUCAACUCAUACCGUACACCUAAAAUAAUCUUCAAGAGAAAAAGAGCUCUUUGUCUCUUUUUGAUAGAACAUUUUCAUGGGUCAUUAGGCUGUAGAACACACCUGGAGGAGUCAGUUAUACACACACUGGGGAAAAAGAAUUAUCUGGACUGGUACCGAAUUUCUGGCAUCUUCAGCAUGACCAACUAGCAACUGCAUUUUCAAAGUUGGUGUUGGAAGGGUAAAGUUCAGCUAGACUGACCUGUCCUAGCUACAGAACUAGAAGAAAUAGUAACCUACUUCAAACGGUAAGGGUAGAGGGACGUAUUAUAACCAAGAAGGGACUACCGUUCAAAUGUUUCUGUCAGGGUUGUAACAAACAUUGCAUUUGUACUACCAAACAAAUUCUGAGUCAUCAGAAAAUGCUUCAUGUUCCGAUCUAGGCAAGAGUUACUCUAGGCAUAUGAUAAGUAUAAUUAACACACAAAUAAUUAUUUCUUUCUGGGAACUGGACUGGAUCAGCUAUAUAAAUAUUAUCAAAGAAAUUUGCAAAAGGAAGUCAGGCGCAGGUUACAAUGUGGCAAGUGAUUCACCUGCUGACGUCCCAAAGCCUUUUCAUUGUUUGCACGGUAGGAGUGAUGCUACACUUGUCUGCAAGAGUCCAAUUGCAACAACAUUCAAGAAGCUGAACACCAUUCUGUAUAGAUUUUCCCUCUUGAUUGCCACACCUAUCCAUGACCCCACCACCACAGUGUGCGCCGUCUGCAAAAUUACUGCAGCUAACUUGCCCGGAAUUUUCCAAUGAGUCAUCACAAACCCUUGACCACAAACACCAAGAAGGACAAGGGCCUUAGGUACACAUGGACAUCACCACCUGCAUAUUCCCACCCACGUCACACACCAUAAUGAUUUGGAAAAUAGAUAUUGCUGGUCUUUCAUUG